UCCAUGCAGAAUUCGCAGUUCAUCCUUUCCUCUUUUUUUUAUAUUUCAUACAAAUAAUACUGUGGAGGGUGGAUUCUAACACAUGCUCUCGGUGACAAGGAUAACUUCUCUUAACCACUUGAGCUGCAAGUCUUUCGCAAUUCCCAGUUCAUCCUUAAUUUAGUGAUAGAAAGAGAGAUGGCUGAGCAGCAAAUUCAACAUUUCAGUCACAAGCAUCCAUUGAUAUUCAAGAAGGAGCAGAACGACAGUGGCUUGGUUUUUUGCUCAGUGUGCGAGGACCCAGUGCUUGGCUCAAGCUACACUUGCAACCAAUGCAGCCCGGCCUUCAUUCUCCAUAAAUCUUGUGCAGAUAAACUAACUCGUGAGAUAGACAACCCGAUCCACCCCAAACACCCACUUAGUCUCCAUCCACCCCAAAAUGGCAACUUCUGUAGUGACUGUACCCAACCAUGCAGCGGCUUCAUCUACUACUGUCAUUUCUGUAAAUUCGGAAUAGACCUCAAAUGCGCUUCUAAGUGGGAAAACUACCGUCAUGACCACAAAUUCACCGUCCUGAAGAACCGUACUAUUAAAUUCACUUGUGAUGUCUGUGGCAAAGAUGGCGACGUCGACUUAUACCUCUGUGGCAUCUGCCAGCUCAUGGUGCAUAAGCAAUGCUCUUGGCUACCACGCCAUGUCAAAAUAGGAGACCACAAUCACAUACUCAAGCUCACCUGGCGCUUUGAAGACAUUUACCCCAAAAAGCAACGUUUCUGCUCCUUUUGCAAUGAACUCAUGGACCAAAGCCGCGCUGUUUAUUAUUGUCAUGAAUGUUGCAGGUAUGUUGCCCACAAUACAUGCGCCGAAAAAAAUGUUCAAAUCACUGACGCCACCAAGGGGACCACUCCCGACGACGACCCCAAACAUAAGAACAACCAAACAAAAUCAGAACCAGCUGCGCAGAUCAACCAAACAAAAUCAGAACCAGCUGCGCAGAUCAACCAAGCAAAAUCAGAACCAGCUGCGCAGAUCAACCAAACAAAAUCAGAACCAGCUGUGCAGAUCAAACAUUUUAGUCAUCAACAUCACUUAACCCUCAUCACUGAUCAUCAUGAGCUAGAUAAAGAUAAAGAUAAUGAUCACCUUGAUGAUAGAAUAAAUACUUGUAAUGGUUGCAUGCGGCCCAUCACUACUACAGAUGCCUUUUAUAGAUGUGCAGGACAAGAAGAGUCAUCAUGUCAUUUCUUUCUCCACUUAAUUUGUGCCCAAUUAGAUCAAAAGAGGCGUUUUGCACUUCACAGAAAGCACGAGCUCACACUCCUUCCGAGGGCUCCUUCUAUUGAUGGCGUUUUUAGGUGUUACAUGUGCAAUACUUUUAGCCAAGGCUUCGGAUACUACUGUGAUCAUAGGGGCUGUGACGUCCACUUUAUCAAGGAGGAAGGCUUCUACCUUGACCUUCACUGCAGUAUUCUUUGGGAAUAUAAUAAGUCUCUUAAACAUGAGGCACACCAUCAUGACCUCUACUUCAAAAUAAAAAGGGGUAGAAGUUCUAAUCAAUGUAAGGGUUGUGGUGCUUCUAAGCACAUUGGUUGGUUCAGUUGUACUAUUUUGGCAUGCAACUUCAACCUUUGUAUUCCAUGUGUUAAAUUACCUCUCACAGCCCAGCACAGAUAUGACGAUCACCAUCUCAAGCUCACCUAUAGUGUUACAGACAUGCUAGCUGAACAUUAUUGUGAAAUAUGCGAAGGACCACGAGAUCCGAAACAUUGGUUCUACUCCUGCUCAGAUUGCGACUUUCAUUGCCAUCCUCAUUGCAUUCUAGGGAGGUAUCCGCAAGGUUGGUCUGGGAAUGUUCCGAGUGUAAUGCCAAUAUCCACCGAAAAGGUUACUGUAUAUCCCACUAAAGAAGACAAAAGUGUCUCUGACUUGAAUUCUGAUUUAAGGUUGAAGUCUUAA